UCCGCCGGCCGUGUCCGCCUUCCCCCGGGCGGUGGCGGCAUGGGCAAGAAGAAAGCGGCGGGGCUGGGCCGAGCGCUCAUCCGGGACCGCAGCCAGCCCCGCGGGGGCCGCCGCGCCGCAGCCGGAUGGCUCCAUACGAGCGAAUUAAACGAUGGUUACGACUGGAGUCGGCUCAAUGUUCAGUCCAUCACCGAGCAGAGCUCCCUGGAGGAUUUCCUGGCCACGGCUGAGCUGGCCGGCACGGAAUUUGUGGCCGAAAAACUGAAUAUCAGGCUUGUUCCUGCUGAGGCUCAGACCGGCCUGUUGACAGCCAAAGAAGCCAAAGAGAUCCAUGAGCUGCAUGAGCAGAACAAGCAGUUCCUGCGGGUCCCACGGCGGCCGUAUUGGGACAAACAAACCAGCCCUGAGUUGUUGAACCAAGCGGAAAGAGACAGCUUUCUCGAGUGGAGGCGCCAGCUUGCCCGUUUAGAGGAAGAACAGAGGCUCAUCUUGACUCCGUUUGAACGAAAUCUGGAAUUCUGGCGGCAGCUUUGGCGAGUCCUUGAAAGAAGCGACGUGGUGGUGCAGAUCGUGGACGCCAGGAACCCCCUCCUCUUCAGGUGCCCCGACUUGGAGUGUUACGUGAAAGAGCUCAGCCCCGAGAAGGAGACCCUCCUCCUCCUCAACAAGGCCGACUUCCUGAGCGAGGAGCAGCGCUCCGCCUGGGCCCGCUUCUUCGAGGGCGAAGGGGUGAAGGCCGUCUUCUGGUCGGCCCUGGCGGAGGGGAGGCGGCUGGAGUUGGCCUCCAAGGCUGCGGAAUGGCCCGGUCUGGAUGCUGAGCGGGCUGGCCGGGAGGAGGAGCAGGAGCAGCCCUCGCCAGGGGGACCGGGCUCUCCCUCGUGGCCGGCCGGACGUGGAGAGCAGCCGAGCAGCUCGGAAGAGGACAGCGAAGAGUACCAGGACUGCGAGGAGGAGGCUUGGCUGACCUGCUCCGAGGAGGAGGAGGAGGAGGAGGAGGAGGAGGCGACACCGGCAGCAGAGAGCAGGGCCCCAGCUGGGUCCUCCUGGGAGAGCGGUGCCGAGGCCCCUGGGCCAGGGAUCCCGCAGAGCCAGCCCCUCCGGAACAGCGGCCGCCUCGUGCAGAGGGACGAACUGCUGGAGAUAUUCCGAGCAGGGAAGAGGGCCAAAGAGGGCGAGAUCACCGUGGGGCUGGUGGGUUAUCCCAAUGUAAAGAGUUCGACCAUCAACACCCUCCUGGGAAGGAAGAAGGUGUCCGUGUCAGCCACGCCGGGUCACACGAAGCAUUUCCAGACGCUGUACGUGGAGCCCGGCCUCGUCCUCUGCGACUGCCCCGGCCUCGUCCUCCCCUCCUUUGUGGCCACGAAGGCCGAGAUGGUCUGCAGCGGAAUCCUGCCCAUAGACCAGAUGCGGGAUCACGUCCCCCCCGUCUCUCUCGUGUGCCAGCGCAUCCCGCGAGAUGUCUUGGAGGCGACCUACAGCAUCAACAUUGUCCGGCCCCGGGAGGACGAGGUGCCCGACCGGCCGCCGACGUCCGAGGAACUCCUGACAGCCUAUGGAUGCAUGAGGGGGUUCAUGACGGAUCACGGGCAGCCGGACCAGCCCCGCACCGCCCGCUACGUGCUGAAGGAUUACGUUGCUGGAAAGCUGCUCUAUUGCCACCCCCCUCCUGGAGCCGACCCUGAGGCCUUCCAGCUCUGCCACAGAGGGGGGGCUGCGGGCAAAGGCAGGCUACCCCGGGCAGAGAGGCCAGCGAGCCGGAACCCGAAGGCCAAGCAGGUGGAGAACACGGUGGACCAGGCCUUCUUCCACCAGGAGAGCGUCCGAGUCCUGACGCGGGGGACCCGGUCUCUGGUGGGCUCCAGGGCCGCCGAGGAGGCGAGCCCAGGCAAGCCCUGGAAGAAGCACGGCAACCGGAACAAGAAGGAGAAGGUCCGCCGCCUCACCAAGCACCUGGAUGCCUGAUGGACCUUCGGCGCCAGGCCUCCUUCUGGCUCGCGGGGGGUGGGUGUGGGUGGGUGGGGAGCGCAUAUUCCAGAGAGGACUCCCGGAGCACCGAGGACUGGGCACCUGCGUUGCUCCGGCUACAACUGAGAGCCGCUCAGGCGUCCCUCUGGCUGGUGCCUGGAGCCCCUUCGAGUCCCGCUUGGCAGAAGGCGGCCCCAGCUCUUUCGGAAUAAAGUU